CGCCACAGAUCAGUAGUCACUGAGUCGUCGAAUCGAGCGCACGGCAUCCGGAUCGAGCACCUAAGAUGAGCUUCAGCCUACGCUUCCGGCCUCCUGUCCACCUGCUGGUGGACGUGCUCCUGCUGGGCCUCCUGCUCGUCCUGGUGGAGAACUUCGCCCGCUUCUGGGGACCGCCCACAAAGCGCGGCUUCUUCUGCGACGACCAGUCCUUGAUGUAUCCGUACCACGAGAACACCGUCAGCCCCACGAUGCUCCACUGGCUGGGACUGUACCUGCCGCUGAUCCUUUUGUUCGUCCUGGAGAGCCUCUCCUGCUACCAGGGGGGCGUGGACCAGUGGGCGAAGCUCUGGCCGGUGCAGAACACGGUGCGCUGGUUCCUUUACGGCUACGUGUUUAACGACCUGCUCAAAGGCAUUGCCAAGCACACAAUCGGCCGCCUGCGACCCCACUUCUUCGCAGUGUGCCGACCACACUUUCCGGACGGAACCAACUGCUCCGAUUUGGUUCAUCGCGGAGCACUGGAGUACCAUGCGGACUACACCUGCCGGCCAGAUCUGUCGCUGGCCAGCGAGGACAUGAUCCGGGACGUGAACGUGUCCUUCCCCAGCGGCCACUCCGCCAUGGCCUUCUACGGCCUGGUCUUCGUGGCGCUGCACCUGCGCCGUCGCCGCUGGCCCCUGGCCGGCUCCCUGCUGGGCCCCAUACUCCAGCUGGCCUGCGUGGCCGUCGCCUGGUUCGUGGCCCUCAGCCGGGUGAUGGACUUCAAGCACCACUGGUCAGAUGUUGCGGCCGGUUCGCUGCUGGGUGCCGGCACCGCCCUUGCGGUCGUCCAGGCUGCCGCCUGCGCGGAGCGGCGGAGGAGGUGCCAGGACGCGGAGCAGGCUACCUCGACCGCUGCAGAAAAGGUGGGUGGCCAGCAGGUGCCGCACGAUUUGUGUCUGGUUUCGUGCCAGAGCUCUAAUUAGUCGGGCUCCGGCACUGGUAGUCUAAGGUUGACAAUAAAGUUAGUGACAAGAGA